AUAAUGAUAUGUCGAGAAAAAUUGAGAACUUAGAAGAUGAUGUUGUAAUACGAAACGGAAAAGGGAUUCAAGUUUCUUAUCAAAUGCAUUGCACCAUGAUUGAUGGAUCUGUUGCCAAUAUUUUGACUGGCACUAAUGCUUCCAGUAACUGUUUUAUUUGCCAUGCCAAACCGACCGAAAUGAAUGUUACUAAUUUUACAAAAGUACCAAUCGCUAAUCAUUACAAGUAUGGGUUGUCUACACUGCAUGCUUGGAUUAGAUGUUUUGAGUGUUUACUCCACAUCGCAUACCGUUUAACAUUUAAAUGCUGGCAAGUUCGCAAAGAAAACAAAGACGCCUUUUCUGCGAAUAAAGUUAGGAUUCAAAAUGAGUUUAGGACAAGAUUAGGCUUAAUAGUGGACCAAGUAAAGACUGGAUUUGGAACAACUAAUGAUGGCAACACAGCUCGCAAAUUUUUUUCAAAUGCAGAAGUGGCAUCAGAAAUUACCGGCAUUAAUAAAGAGCUAAUUCAAAAUUUUUCAAUAAUACUGCGAUUAAUAUCGUGUGGAAUGCGUAUUAAUAUCGACGCGUUUAGAGAGCUCCUUAUAAGGACAAGAACAAUGUAUUUGACUGAAUACGAAUGGUACUACAUGCCUAGCAGCGUGCAUAAAAUAUUGAUGCAUGGGUGUGAGGUUAUUGAGUAUUUCGAUCUACCAAUUGGCAAUUUUUCAGAGGAAGCUCUGGAAGCUUUACAUAAACACAUACGUAUCGUACGAUAUGAUCAUACACGUAAAACUGCUCGGGAGCAUACAAACAGAGACUUGAUGUCAUACUUAACAAUAUCAUCAGAUCCUGAAGUAGUUUUUAAAAGGAGUGCUAUCCCAAACAAAAAUGCAGUUUAUACAAUGGACGAGCUGGAAGAGUAUUUAGUCGAUGCUGAAGAAACUUAAAAGUAAUAAGUACCCUUCAGUCAACUCAAUUAGUUUUAUACUAAUCAAAUACUAGUCAGCCACACGGCCUCAACUAGUUCGAGUUCUGUAAUUUUUCCAUAUAAGCAACUGGCCACGGCGAUGUCCUACGAGAUGGCAAUUGUCCUCUUCUGCAUCAGCACUAUACCAGUUGGCAUACUAGUCAGCCUCUGCAUCAGCAAUAUAUCAGUUGACAUACUAGUCAAUAUAUACAUCAAUAUCAUACCAUUUAAGAUACUAGUUCGUAUAUACGUCAUGAUCGUACCUGUUGGCAUACUAGUCAUUAUAUACAUCAGAAUCAUAGCAGUUGACAUACUACUCAGUCUAUGCGCCAGAACAUACUAGUCAGUAUGCACGUCAAGAUCCUACCACUUGUCAUACUAGUCCACGAAUUUGACAUUCAUUCCAGUUGGUAUACUAUGGGAUGGGAUUUUUCUGAUUAGUAUGAUUUCUAGUAUAGAUUACACUUUUUCUGACUAGUAUGA